GCUUCCGCUGGUUCUUCUGCGUCGUCUCCCCACAGUAAACCCUAACGCCUGCGCCGAGAAAUGGGCCCAAAGAGAGGUGGGAAGGCGCCCGUACCGGCAAAGAAGAAACCGGAGAAGGUUGUGAACCCUUUGUUCGAGAAGCGCCCGAAGCAGUUCGGAAUCGGAGGGGCAUUGCCGCCUAAGAGGGAUCUUCAUCGGUUUGUGAAAUGGCCGAAGGUGGUCCGCAUUCAGAGACAGAGGAGAAUAUUGAAGCAGCGAUUGAAGGUUCCUCCGGCUCUGCACCAGUUCACUCGGACUUUGGACAAGAAUCUUGCUACAAAUCUCUUCAAGAUGCUUCUCAAAUACAGGCCUGAAGACCGAGCUGCAAAGAAGGAAAGGCUUCUGAAGAGGGCGCAAGCUGAGGCUGAAGGGAAAACUGUUGAAGUUAAGAAGCCCAUUGUUGUUAAGUAUGGGCUCAAUCAUGUCACUUACCUUAUUGAACAGAACAAGGCACAGUUGGUGGUUAUUGCUCAUGAUGUUGACCCAAUCGAGCUUGUGGUUUGGCUACCCGCUCUGUGCAGGAAGAUGGAGAUACCCUAUUGUAUUGUCAAAGGAAAAGCUCGUUUGGGAGCGAUCGUGCAUAAGAAAACAGCAUCAGUCUUGUGUCUAACCACUGUGAAGAACGAGGACAAAUUGGAAUUCAGCAAAAUCCUGGAGGCCAUUAAGGCCAACUUCAAUGAUAAGUUCGAUGAGAUCAGAAGGAAGUGGGGUGGUGGAGUUAUGGGUUCCAAAUCUCAGGCAAAAUCCAAGUCUAGGGAGAAGUUGCUAGCAAAGGAAGCUGCCCAGAGAAUGAGCUAAGGCUUCUCUUUGUCUUGUUAUUGGUGCUAUCAGAUUUGCGCCAGUAGGGUUUUUUGAUUAAAUUCUGUUGGUGGCAAAUAUUUUUUGGUUUAUUUGGAGCUUCAGUCAACUUAUAUCAAACCCAGUGUCUUGCUCAUCAAAGAUUUUCCAACCAGUGGACUCACUACCAUAUUGCUUGGUAGUAUUUUGGUGCCA